UGAGGCUGAUGAAGACAGUGAGGGCGUGGCCGCCUGUCCACAUAAUUAACACCUGUAUAUCAUCAACAUCAGACCACUUCAAAUUGCAAGACAAUUUACCAAAGGAUGCUGAAGAGAUACAUGACACAAUGGUGCAGGUACUUACAUCAUUGGACAAGAAUUCAAGACAGGACCUGUCUGAAGUGAUGGUUCACAUGGCUGCCACCAUUGUACGACAUGUGUGUUGGACUGUAGAUAAGAGCAAAGGUGUACAUACAGAGGUGACCAAGAUUGAGGAAGUAGGUGGAUGUGUGGCUCUGUUGAUUGGUGUUUGUCAAAGCCGUGCCAAACUCUCUACUGCACUAAUGGACGCCAUUACCCGUAUUUUGACAACAGCCACCAGAGACAUCACAUCUCUGCUUGCUAUAUCAUACCUUCUCAAGAUUCUGGCAAAAGACAGUGGGAAAAUAUCUCGAUACAGCCUGAAGCAAGCUGUGAUAGCUACUGACAGCAUCUUCAAUCAGAUUGUCCUUCCUCUCAGUCUUGAUGAAGAUGAGGAGAGUAAUAUUGCCCUUGGUUUAUAUGAAAAAUAUACCAAGAUGACAGGUGAUUAUAUUAAGGACUUGAAGAGCUCGUUGGGUGUGCUGUAAUGAUUCUUCAUGGACACAGACCUGUAUAAUUUCUUGGAACAAAAUUAGCUGCUUUUUAUACCAGACAAUAUGCUUAAUACAGCUCCUCCCCAACUUACGACUGGGUUGGGGACCCAAAUCCAGGUCGUAAGUCGAAAUGCUUAAAUAAUACAUAGAAAAUCUAAAAUGGGUGUCUCUUUUUCUUCUCAGCACCACAAAACACUCACUUUUAUGAUUGUCAGCCAUUUUAAAGUGAAUUACAAACGAAAAUUUUUGUCUAUGUACUGGCUUUGAGACUCGAAAAUAUGUAAUUUGACCAAAUUUGGGUACGACUGAGGCGGGUCGUAAAUGAGGGUGGUCGUACGUCGAGUAGGUCAUAAGUCGGGGAGGAGCUGUACUUUCAUUGAUAAAAAUGUAAUAUUUUUUCCCUCUUAUUUUGUAGUGUAUGAAUUUCAUUUUACUGUAUAGAGGAAAUAAAAUUUUCUAUGUUCAA